AUGAAGGAUCCCGUCCAGAGAACCGCUUCUCCCUACACCGAUCCAGCAGUAAAGGGCCCAAAGUCACAAAUUCUUCACGAAGGAACCCACGCAGAUUUACGCAAGAUGAUCGCUAGCAACGUCAACAAGACCCCUCUCCACCCUAGUGGUGUUGCUCCUCACCACGAGCACACCGAGCUUGAGGAGGAGCUUCACGAGACCGCGCACAUUGACUAUGACCGAGUCGCCAUUAUCCCUAACGCCUCCGUCGCCGCCCUCUACGAAGAUGCUCUCGUAUACGAGACUGGCUCUGCCAUCACAUCAAGUGGUGCGCUAACUGCCUACUCUGGAAAGAAGACUGGACGCUCGCCUCUCGACAAGCGAAUUGUCGAGGAGGACGGCUCCAAGGACGACAUUUGGUGGGGUCCUGUCAACAAGCCCAUGUCACCCGAGGUCUGGAAGAUCAACCGCGAGCGUGCCAUCGAUUACCUGAACACAAGAAAUCGCAUCUACGUCGUGGACGGUUAUGCUGGAUGGGAUGAGAAGUACCGCAUCCGUGUCCGUGUCAUCUGUGCCCGCGCCUACCAUGCCCUGUUCAUGAGAAACAUGCUCAUCCGCCCUCCUCGUGAGGAGCUCGAGCACUUCCACCCCGAUUACACCAUCUACAAUGCUGGCUCCUUCCCUGCCAACAGAUACACCGAGGGCAUGACUUCCGGCACCUCAGUCGCUAUCAACUUCGCUCAGAAGGAGAUGGUCAUUCUUGGUACCGAGUACGCUGGUGAGAUGAAGAAGGGUGUCUUCACCGUCCUCUUCUACGAGAUGCCUAUCAAGCACAACGUUCUCACCCUGCAUUCCUCUGCCAACGAGGGUAAGAACGGCGACGUCACCCUCUUCUUCGGAUUGUCCGGCACCGGCAAGACCACUCUGUCGGCCGACCCUCAGCGUGCCCUGAUUGGCGACGACGAGCACUGCUGGAGUGACCGCGGCGUCUUCAACAUCGAGGGCGGCUGCUACGCCAAGACCAUUGGCCUGUCCGCGGAAAAGGAGCCUGAUAUUUUUGGCGCCAUCCGCUUCGGCUCCGUUCUCGAGAACGUUGUUUUCGACCCCGAGACUCGCAUCGUCGACUACGAUGAUUCUACCCUCACGGAAAACACUCGAUGCGCCUACCCAAUUGAGUACAUCAGCAAUGCCAAGAUCCCCUGCCGCUCCGACUCGCACCCCACCAACAUCGUGCUGCUCACCUGCGAUGCUCGUGGUGUCCUACCUCCCAUCUCCAAGCUGGACCGCGCCCAAACCAUGUUCCACUUCAUCUCGGGUUACACUUCCAAGAUGGCCGGCACCGAGGACGGCGUCACCGAGCCCCAGGCCACCUUCUCCUCGUGCUUCGCCCAGCCCUUCCUUGCCCUGCACCCCAUGCGUUACGCUAAGAUGCUCGCUGAUAAGAUUGAGCACCACAACGCCAACGCUUGGCUCCUGAACACGGGCUGGGUUGGUGCUGGUGCCUCCCAGGGUGGCAAGCGCUGCCCGCUCAAGUACACCCGCGCCAUUCUCGACGCCAUCCAUUCCGGUGAGCUGGCCAAGGUCGAGUAUGAGACGUAUGAGACCUUCAACCUCCAGGUCCCGAAGACCUGCCCCGGCGUCCCCAGCGAGCUGCUUAACCCCAAGGCCGCUUGGGUCGCGGGCAACGACAGCUUUGAGACCGAGGUCAAGAAGCUUGGCACCCUCUUCAACGAGAACUUCAAGAAGUACGCGAGCGAGGCGACCGAGGAGGUCGUCAAAGCUGGUCCCGUUGUCUAA